AUGGCAGAAGCAGCUGCGGGAGCGCUAUACGCUGUUGAGCACCUAAUAGAGGGUGCAGUCGUAGCAGCAAAAGGCAUAUACGACCCAACGCUUCCUUUGAAAGCAACACUGAAACCCCUCGUGGGCGUCAGCGUCCCUCUUGCAUAUCAUUCAGUCUCGCUGGUCAAAGGACGAGCAUAUCUAUUUGGCGGAAAGACAGGUGAUGGAGAAGGCGCGCCGCUGGCGAGUAACGAUGUACACGUCGUAAUCCUACCCUCGUCUGGAGUGGAGUCGAUGGACUACAAGAAGCUCGAUGCCACGAAGGAUGCGCCCCCAGCAAGAUAUGGGCACAGCUCUGCAGUGAUUGAGGAGAGAAUAUAUAUCUUUGGUGGAUGCGGACAAGAUCGCCAGCCGAUCGACGAGAAUGGCAGAGUAUGGGUGUACGAUACGGCGACAAACACAUGGUCCCACUUCGAUCCUUCUUCGAAAGACGCAUUCCCUCCGGCAAGGUCCAAUGGAGCAGCGGUCGCGAGUGUACAUCCACGACAAGCUCAAAGAAGGGCAGACCAGGAUGUGAUGCCGCAGCACCCGCCAGAUCCAGAGACUACCAUGCCUGAUAUCCCAGAUACAGACACCUACGGCACAUUCGUUGUUCAAGGCGGCCAAGGCAUAGACGGACACGCGCUGAACGAUGUCUGGACAUUCGACAUCUCGUCACGAACCUGGAAGGAACUUCCUGACUGUCCACCUCCAAGCUCACCGCAUCCGAGUCUGGCGAUGGUCGACAACCGCCUGUACACGUUCUCUGCGGGCCAGACGAGCUAUCUGGAUGUCUCACGCAGUUCAUACGAUGAUCGAAGCGGACAAGGAGAACUCGGCCUCGCUCCACUGGGGCCAUGGCAGUCUAUCCCGCCUACAUCGAGCUCACCAGAGAAACCGCAUCCAGGCGAGCGAUCAGCUGCGUCAAUGGUGCCGGUAACGACAGGUCAGGGCAGGAAUUACCUUCUCCUCUUGGGUGGGGAGUCUCAAGCUGGCGAGACUCUCGAAGAUAUCUGGACGUUGCAGCUGAAGCCUGAGGGCAUGACAGCGGCUAGCUUCAAGGACGCCGCGAGAAUGGCUGUCAAGAUGGACACGAGGGAGGCGACGUGGAGUGAAGUGAAGUACUUGGAUAGCGAGGGUGUGAUGAUUCAGGAAGGGCAGCCAGGGAGAGGACUCGGCGUUAGGAGAGGCGGCGCGGCUGGAAAGGGAGGUGAGGUUGAUGGGGCGAGUGUUGUGGUUUGGGGAGGGAUUGGGGCGGAUGGAAAGGCGAGGGGGGAUGGGUUGAUGGUUACUGUGGAGUAG